GGGGCCUGGUGCGGCCUGUGAGAGACUGAGGGAGGCCAUUGCGGCUGGAGAGUCUGAGGAGACCUCUUGAGGGACCGAGCGCCGCCGCCGAGUGCGUCUCCCGGAGCGGGUGUCGCGGAGGUGAGGCAGGCCGCAGCGGGGCGCCGCCGACGGUGCGGCCGAAGGGCGAGCGGGGUUUCUGCGAUCUUGGAAACUGUUAGAUCCUGGGAAAUAAACCACAUGACACUACAUCAUGAGUGAAAGUAAAUGUGAUAGUCAGUUUUACAGUGUACAAGUUGCAGAUUCAACGUUUACUGUACUAAAACGAUACCAGCAAUUGAAACCUAUUGGUUCUGGGGCGCAAGGCAUUGUUUGUGCUGCAUUUGAUACAGUCCUUGGAAUAAAUGUUGCUGUUAAGAAACUGAGUCGCCCUUUUCAAAACCAAACACAUGCAAAACGAGCCUACAGGGAACUUGUACUCUUAAAGUGUGUCAAUCAUAAAAAUAUUAUUAGUCUAUUAAAUGUAUUCACACCCCAGAAAUCACUAGAAGAAUUUCAAGAUGUGUAUUUGGUUAUGGAACUGAUGGAUGCUAAUUUGUGCCAAGUUAUUCAUAUGGAACUGGAUCAUGAAAGAAUGUCCUACCUUCUAUAUCAGAUGUUAUGUGGUAUCAAACAUCUUCAUUCAGCUGGUAUCAUCCACAGAGAUUUAAAACCCAGCAAUAUAGUAGUAAAGUCAGAUUGUACUCUUAAAAUCCUUGACUUUGGCCUGGCAAGGACAGCAUGUACUAAUUUCAUGAUGACUCCAUAUGUGGUUACACGAUAUUACAGAGCACCAGAAGUUAUUCUUGGAAUGGGAUACAAAGAGAAUGUGGAUAUCUGGUCUGUUGGGUGCAUAAUGGCAGAAAUGGUCCUCCAUAAGGUCCUGUUUCCAGGAAGAGAUUAUAUUGACCAGUGGAAUAAAGUUAUUGAACAGUUAGGUACACCAUCAGCAGAAUUUAUGAAGAAACUACAGCCUACUGUGAGGAACUAUGUAGAAAAUAGACCAAAAUAUCCAGGUAUUAAAUUUGAAGAGCUCUUCCCAGACUGGAUAUUUCCAUCAGACUCCGAUCGUGACAAAUUAAAAACUAGUCAGGCUAGAGAUUUGCUUUCAAAAAUGCUAGUUGUAGAUCCAGACAAACGAAUUUCAGUAGAUGAAGCUUUACGUCACCCCUAUAUCACUGUUUGGUAUGACCCAGCUGAAGCUGAAGCUCCACCACCUCAAAUCUAUGAUGCACAAUUGGAAGAAAGGGAACAUGCCAUUGAAGAAUGGAAAGAACUAAUUUAUAAAGAAGUAAUGGAUUGGGAAGAAAGAAAUAAGAAUGGUUUAGUAAAAGAACAACCUUCAGAUGCAGCAGUGAAUAGCAAUACCAGCCCUUCUCAGUCAUCAUCAAUCAAUGACAUUUCAUCCAUGUCAACAGAACAAACACUGGCUUCAGACACAGACAGCAGCCUUGAUGCUUUGACAGGAACACUUGAAGGAUGCCGGUGAUCAGCUCCGAAAAUUGAACAUUGGCAAAUAUUUUUUCUUUCUCUUGGGCCUGAAUUGCUUGUAAGUUUCAUGGAACCAAGUAGAAAAAAACCCUCCAUGUUCUGCAUGUUCUUCUAAAAAAAUGCCUGUGACUUUACUCAGUUGCAACAAGACUGUCUGCUUAAUAUUGUAGAAUGAAAGCAACUUUGUAUCUCAAGGCAACACAAAUAUAGGCAUUACUGUAACUUAUUCUAUUUUGGCCUAUAUCAGGUGAGCAGUUAAAAUAACUCCAAGCUUAAAGGAGUUCCUGGGCAUUUGGCCAGACUUCUGAAACAUGCACAUAGUCAAUAUAAUUUUUUAAAGCCAUUGUAAAUGUUGUUGAAUGUAUAUCUUCUUUCUUAUCAAUAUGAUUACAGACAUAUGACAUAUUAAUGUAUCUUUCUGGUGUUCUCAGUACUGUAAAAUAUAGAUGCAACUGUGUUUGUGCAUAGCACUCUUUUCUUGAGGCCUUUUUCUCACCAUCUACAAAUAAUUUUAUAUACCUUUCCAUGAAAGAAACAAACUUGUGAAUUCUUAUUUCAUCUCUACAUCUGAAUGUAACUGCUUUGAAUGUGCUCUUCCAGUGCUCUUAUUUUGGAGUAGGUGGAAUAAGUUUUUAAAAAUGGUAGUGUAGGAGUUUUUCUUAACUGCAUGAAUUUAUGAAUUGGUGCAUUUCUAAAAUAGGGUAUUUUGGUCUUUUUAAAGUGGUUCAUAACACCUGUAAAAUCCUUGCCUCCUCCUUCUCUUAUGACAUUGCCAUGAAAAAUCAAAUCAAAUGUUUAAUUAUGUUGUGUUGUUGAUCCCCUGAACAAGCAUACAUAUUCCUGCUGAGAGUAUGGAUGUUUUUCAAAGGGACCACUAAGCUAUUAAAAAUAUAUAAACACUUUAAUUUGGAUCUAGAAUACAUUAAAAUUCAGGAUAUUUUAUAAAGAGUGAUGGAUCUUAAAAGAGAGUGUUCUAGAUGUUGUACCAUAUGAGAAAAAAACUUAAUAAGAUUUUAAAAAUGUAAUUGCUUCCUCACACACCCUUCUUUAGCAGACUCUGAUGACAAACACUAUCCUUCAGUCGGCUUGAAUCGUUUCAGUUGUCUUCUAGCUCCAUAAAUGAUUGUGAUUCAAAAGCUGUUUGCAAGUGGGGUAGCACUGUGUAUUAGAGAUAUGAUAGUUGUAGUUUGCCUUUGUAAUUUCUAGCCUAUAGUGGCUCUAAGGCAAACCUAUCACAGGAUUUUCUUGGCAUGAUUUGUUCAGAAGUUUACCAUUGCCUUCUGAGGCAGAGAGAGUGUCAUUUGCCCCAGAUCUCCCAGUGGGUUUUAUAGAUGAAAUGAGAUUUUAGCCUGGAUUCUUCCGAGUUGUAAUUCAAUCCUCGAACACCAUGCUGACUCCUUAUGGAUGUGAUAGUGGCUGGCAAAAGUUGAAAGACAAUCCUAAAUUGUUCGCCUGAGAUUUAUCGCAAAAUCCAGAAAAAUGAAGAUUUCUGGAUGUAUGUAUGUAUGUCCCACUAGCAAAAAAAAGUCUAAAGGCAGAUUGCAUAUUCCACCUUCCUGCUCUGGCACCAGCACUUUACUAACUGUAUGAUCUUAUACAUGCUUACUUAGAAGUACAUUUAAUUGAAUAAUGGAUCUUACUAUGCCAAUGUAUAGGUUUGCAACCUAAUUAGUUUUGUAUAGUGUGAGCUUUCUUUGGCAACAGCUAUUACAACAAAUCUUUCAGUUUAGUCCAGGAGGCUGCUGCAUGCACUAUUCUUAAUUAGCUCUUGAGUCUUAGGACUAUUUCAAAUAUUGAUAUAAAUCCAUUAACACUGUAUCACUUCAAAUUUACAGAUGAGCAUAUGAACUCUUUCACUGAAAUGUUGUAAUUGAGAUAUGAGCGAACAUGAAAUUUCUGUUUAUGUGUCUAUUUAAUAUAUGCAAUUCCUGAGUUCUUGGCAGUUGCUCUCUUCCAAAGCACAUUUACUCAGGCAUUUCAUAAGUUUUAGAAGAACAAUUGCAGUUCAAUGUGUUCAGGAAGUUUUUAAAAAAAUAUAUGUUCUUAAACACAUUCAUUUGCAAUUAAAUAAAGUCCUUGCAGAACCCAAAUCAAUUAUUUUUAAAGUGUGUGGGGUUGCUACUUUUCCUUCUUGUUAGAGUUUUUGCACAUCACAUCUCACCCUUGAAGAUUUCUGACUUUUUCUGAUGGUGGAAGGGAUUAUAGCAGAGAGAAACUGAGAAUAGAAAUCCCUUGUGCACUUUUAGAACUAGUUGUGUGUCCCUGUGGAUUUUGGAUAUUAUAUAAUAAUCUAUUACAUGUAUAGCAGAUUAUAUAAAGGAAAAUAAUGGACAAAUAUAUACCAACAAAUACAAAGAGGUCUGUCACACAAAUUACAACAUAGUGAUGGAUCGAAUAAAGAGAGAAGAAAUGGGAAAAGCAGGGAACAAAUGAGUUUAUAAGCUCUUUAUUAAGAUGUCAAUAUGUUUGACAGCUUGGCUUUAAACUUUGAUUUCUAAUGCUGCCUGGAGUUCUAUUGGCUGAGCAUUGUAACAUGUUUUUCUCACAGAUUCCUUUUCUUGAAAGAACAAAGUACAUAGGAGGAAAUCAAUGCUUCUGAAUGAGAAGAGGCUAGGCUAAAUCAUGUCGAGCAAUUCUAAUUUUUAUAGGAUAUCCCAUUGUGGUCAGAGGAGCCUUACUUUUGACAGAUCUUAUUACCAAGCAGAAAAUGACUACUUUCCCCUUAAUAUCUUGAGGUAAAUAUGACAAAUUGGUUAUAUCUGCUAGUUUAAAGAUGUUGCCCUACACUCAUUUGACUUUAUUGUGUUGACUAAAAGUUGAGUGAAAGCUGUUGCAGACUAACUUUCAGCAAAUCCAAGUUGUUGUUGUUGUUGUUGUUUUAAAAUAAAUACUCUCAAUUAAAUGCAUUUCAGUUAUGUACCUAACCAAAACUUUAAAAAAGAACUAUGUUUCACUGACAUGCUUCAAAAGAGCUUUCCCGUUGAGGUGUAGAUUUAUUUAACCCUGUCAUAAAUCAAUUAGGAAAAAAUAUAAAUGUCAUAAAUUAUUUAAAUGUAUGUAAUUUUACAUGCUACAAAAGUUUCAAAAUUUACAUUGUAUGUCCAGAAUCACUAUAAAUUGAGUGUUGUACUGGGACUAUUUUUAUUGUGAGACUUUGAAAGAUUAUGUUGUAUACUUUCUAUAAAGUCAUUGGAGUAUUGUCUCAUUCUGUUUGUACUGUAGUUCUCAGUGAUAGUAGAGCAUGGAAUUAUUUACUUGGUUUUUGAUACAAAAUGAAUACUUUAAUAUUCGCAAGUGGUGACUCAAAGACACAACACAACAUUUUGAUGGAUGGAGACAGAAGUACUUGUGAAUGCUAGGGAGAUUAUAUGAAUGCUGGCAUGUUUUGGCAGUUAGCAGAGUCAGAUUGCUGUUGUAGGUUUAGGUCCCAAUAAAUUCAGACCACACAAAUUUUAUUGUCUUAGUUAAACUGAGACACAUUGUGAUUUCUAGUGCUGUCCCUGCAUUCUGAAUAUCUGAGGAGAGUGGAGAGCAGUAGUUAUUAAGUGAUACCAGAAACACACCCUGCCUGUGCUUCACAUAUUAUGAGAUAUUGAAGCAGUCCUGAGCUGUGCCUUCUUUGAGGGUCAGAAAUGAGGAAACUUCUAUGUGUUUCAUGAAGUUUUGUGAAAAGUUGUGAGUCAAGUGUUAUUUAAAAGGAACGCAAAGAGGAAAACUAAUGGAUCCUGACAGAGCGAAUAGUAUAAUGUAGCUUUGGUUAUAGUUUAUUGGCCACAUACAUGGUUAGUACUCAAAUGUCUAAGUAGAGGAAUGCUGGGACCUUAGGUCUGUAGGGAGGAUCUGAUAUUCAAGUCUUUAAUUAUAAAAAUGGGAGGGUGAUGCAAUUGUUCGGUGGUGGGGGAAACGCUCUGCAUAUACUUAAAGGUGCACUCCACAUGAUGAGCUGUUCUUUCUGUUUAAGAAGUCUGUGUGGCAGUCAUUUACUGUUUUAUCUCAUGCUGCAGUUCCGUAUGUAUUUGCCUAACAUUAGCCCUAUUGAACACUUUAAGACAUACUUUGAAAUAAACAUGCAGUAGAUUGCGCAGUUAAUGUUUCUCAGUUGUAAAACUGGACCUCUAAUCUCUAAAUGUUUUCAAUUUAGUGUUGGUAUAGCUGAUUUAUUUAUAGCUUGCCUUACUGCUCUUGUUGUUUGAAGUCAACUUCUUGCAUGAGCUUCUAGUUGCAAUUUGUGCAUGUGGUGCACUGAAUCUAGAUCAGUAAUUCUCAACCUGUGGGUCCCCAGGUGUUUUGGCCUACAACUCCCAGAAAUCCCAACCAGUUUACCAGCUGUUCAGGUUUCUGGGACUUGAAGGCCAAAACAUCUGGGGACCUACAGGUUGAGAACUAGUGAUCUAGAUGUUUAUGCUUCCACUAUUGUACACUACUCCAUUUUGGGCACCUCUUAAACCAUUAUAUUUUAUAAAAAAUGGAGACAAAAUGAUGGGCAUCUUAGUGUUUAGUAUUUAACAACAUUUUUAAUGAAAAGGUUCUAUAAGUAAAUAAAAAUAUUCUGUGUGCCUAGUUCUUUCAUCUAGUAAACCACAUCAUACAGCCCUUCUACUGAGUUUCCAUGGUCAAAUUGACCUUAAUAAAUAAUAAUCAUAAAAAUAAGUUAAUUGCCUUGUUUUAUAUAUUGUAAAUUGUCUGCAUCAAAUUAAGUAGAAUUAAAAGAUAAAAUGAUACUCAAACUUGCAAGAUGUUUUCUUUCAGAGUAUUUUUAAAAGAAAUCCAGCCAAAGAGGCAAGUAGUAAAACACAUUAUUUCAGUGGUCAACUGCCGUAAUUUACCUUAUAUAAUGUGGUAGCAUUAUAUCUGUACCUGUCUUAGAAGAGAAAAUCAUUUAAUUCUAUUACUUUCUCAUAUAAAUAAAAAUCUAUUGUCACUGAAUAAUUGUUAGAACUAAAAUCUACGGCUGGAGCAUAAAUUUUUGCACUGAUCUUAUCACCAUAAAAGAAUGUAAGUAUGAUAUAACAUGCAUCCAUGCUAUUCUUAAUGCUCUCAUAAGGGAGUUUAUAUUUCAGAAGGGCAAUUUCUUAUUUAGUUCAUUAUAUAUGGUAAAUAUUUUCUGUCUUCUGUAGUCUGGUGUGUUCUAGUUGCUUCAAUAUUCAUCUUUCUAGAAGUUAUUUGUGUUGAUGUAAGUAGUGAGGUUUGUCUUCUAAUCAUAAAACCCCAUCAUGACCACUAUAGCAUGCUCUGACAUUAUUGUGAGAUGCUUAAUAGACAUAAUGUGCCAAUAGUAAAUUGUAUUUCCUGUACUUAACUGCUCACCUGAAAAGGGGAUUGAAGAAAUUUGCUAGUAACAUGUUCAGAUUCUAUACUCUAAAUAUUACUUUCAAUAUAUAUUGAGUAGCUUUCUGAAUAGCAUCACAGAAAUGGAGUAGAUUUAUGAGGUGUUUUUGCAUGUGCUCUUGUAACUGGUUUAGAAACAUUACAGAAAUUGGCAGUUACCCAUUUCCCAGUCUUGAUUAUUGGAAGUGGUCUGAAAAAUAUGCAUAUUUAUGAUUAAUUAUGUAAAGGAAGCCAUGUGCCUGCUGUGUACAAACCAUAAAUACGUAACUGAGAACUGAUGGUGGGGAUACAUUUCGGGAAGCAGUAAAAAUGAAGCACAAAGGGCUUUCUCUGGGGAAAUGCAGGAAAUGUUUCCCUUCGCAUGCUAUUACAAUGUAAGUGCAAAGAAAUAACAAAAUUGCCAGUGCUUCUGCUGCUUCCCAUUAAUGUUUGAAAAAAGUCCUACAUACCUAGGUUUAUACAAAACCUUUGAAAUAGUGCCAUUUUAUUUUAGAAAGAAUUGUUUUUAAAAAUGGCUGGCAAAAUCUAGUUUAAAGGGGUUAUUUGUGUACCCAAUACUGACUUAUUUGGGCAUCCAUGUGCAUCAUAUUCUGCUGGAAACAAGUACUUUUACCGAUACAUCUUUUUAAACUUCUUGUUGCAGAAUGGGCUGCUUAGAUUUAACCUUUUAAUUAUGUUUACAUUUGUUUCAUUGGAAAGUAUGUAAAAUUCAAGAGAGGGGCUAGGAUUAGAUUGGUAAUUUAGCUUGAGUUGCACCCGAUGUGCCUUGACUCCUUUUUCCAUUGAACAACAUUUUACAAAGUGUUUCAUGAAACAAUCCUUAGUUUCAGAAGACAUUUCCAUGUACUGGGGCUGUGGACUACAUCAAAACUCCACUAGGCAUGGGAUUCUUUGGAUCCACACCUAAAGCAGUUAAAAAAUAAUAGCAUAGACCUAAAGCUUUGGGCCAAAAUUACCACCUUUCAGGCUAAAUGGAAAAAGAAUGUCAGAAUUUGUUUCGCUAAAACAUUCAAAACUUCAGCAUCUAUUAAUUGACAAACUGAUUUUACAAAACAAAAUUGAUGGCAUUCUUUAUACAUACUUUCUUCCAAAUGAGGACACUUCUUCCUGACCAUGCCAAGUGGAAUACAGAUUCAGUCUUACAGCAAUAUAGUUUUAUGUUAGGUGACUAGAUUGUAAAACACAGAGGUAGAAACUGUAUAUUAAGGAGUUUUCAUUAACUCUUGUCAGUCCAGUAUCGGUGGUGUCUGUAAAAUUCUGCAUAUAGCUGAAGCCAUUGUAUGUAGUAUGAAAAUGAUCUGGGCUUGAUGCUACAUUUAGUGAUACUGUAGGAGUCAAUAUGUCCUGGGAAAUUGUCAAUGUGUGUACUUAGAUAAUCUUUUUCAAAAUUAAUGUAGUGUGCAUAUCUGUUGCUGGAUACAUAAACUGAAUUCAGGUUAAGCUCUCUGAACUGUCUCUCCGAUAAUGGAUUUCAUUAUUUCACCACAAAUAUUGCACAAUCACUAUUUAUAUGUUCAGAUAUAUAAGACAGUGAAACAACAUUUUAUUGUAAUUUGUUUGGUUUAUUUUUCUUUAGUACAGUUGCGUAGGAAACAUGUUCACUAUGCAUGUUGAGAAUUUUGUCUUCAAAAUAAUGGCAAGCCAUCUUUUCAUAAUAUAUGUGCAAGACAAAAAGAAAAACAUACUUCAUUUUUUAGCUAUAAAACAAUUGUAUUUGAUAUAUAUUGUAGUUCUGAUGAUGGAUUUCAGUGCCAUUGACUCAUUAUGGAUAUUUUAGAUAGGUCUGGUUCCUAUAUUUCAAAUAUUUUAUGAAUUUUAAAUAAUAAAAUAGAAAAAACCUACUACUUCGGAAGUAGUUCAUUUCAUUGGUUUCUAGAAUUCCAAAUUGAACUAACUCCAGAGCUGAAAUUUAAAUUGUUAUGUAUUUAAGCUUUUAUUCUUUUUCCUUCUAAGUGCUGCUUAGUUUUUUUUUAAAGAGUGCCAGCAUUUUUGCACAGCAACCUGUUUUAUUAAUUGUUUUUUGAAGCACUUUUUGAGUCUUCUAAGUACAACCAUGCCUUCUCUCUGUCCUGUUACAUUAAUUUUAUACACUAAAACUGGAGAAACAGCCUAGCACAAGCACACCCCCAGUUUGUGGGAGGAUUCUAAUUGCACAUAAGUCUACCACCUUGCUCCAUUCACCUGCAUUGUGUUUGUGUUUGGUUUGUAUCGAGGUUCUCACCAGCUAGCUCCUUUUGCUCAGCUAAGGAAUCCAAUCUUGGAGCUCAUUUGCUUUCCCCAAAUGGAGCAGAAAACUUGAUGAUAUAGGAAGCAUGCAGGGGCCUCCCUUGUCUAGGAAUGCUGGUAUGCCGACUGUCCACAAUCAUUUGCUUGUACUAUGGAAAGAGGGAGCUAAAAAUAGGACCCCAUUCCUAUAAGGAUACUUCUGUGUUUUUGAAGGCUUAUUGUGGUCUUUGUUAACCUCAUUUUUCUUGGGGCUUGAGGGAUGAAGGUAAGAAAUUGUAGCUUAAGAUUUGAAAUUAAUCUUUAGGCACACCUUUUAUGAAUUAAAACUCAGCAUUAAGUAGGUUUGGAAUAUCUGUUUCUGAAAUGCAAAAAUAAAAUCCAAAACUCAAUUCUGCUAAGUGCUUUUAAAAAUGGUCUAAAAUCAGUUUGCACUUUUGUUAAGUUUCUCUGUGAGCUUCUUACAUUGAUUCCUGUGAGUCUUAAGUGCUUGAUGGUUUUCUGGCUUAGACUAGGAGUGGCGAUGCUACCGAUCAGAUCCUUCAUUUGUUGUUGUUUUUUUGUUUUCACAUUAAAAUUUAGCUAUGCAUCACGAGGUAGUUUUUCAGUGUUUAUAGCAUAUAGAUUCCCAGAUAAAGUUCUACAUGUUAUAUAGACAGUGGAUUCCAUUUGUGAGAAGCCUUGAUGGUUUCAGUAUUUAUCUCAAAAGUGUGCAUGGAUUUCUGCAGAUGUCAGGCUUAGUGCUGCUGUGGGUGCCUUCGAGUGAAAUACGGUAGACAGCUUCAUCAUAUUCUUCACGUUCUUGAUGAAAAUCAAUUAUGUACAUUAAUGACGGCCGUAUUUGAUUGCUGAAGGAACAGACAUGAGUAGUGGAAUUGUGUCUUUUCAGCUCUUUCAUAGCAGAUUCUACAUUGAGGUGCUAUAAUCUUCUAGAGGAAAAGUGAAUGAAAAAGAAAUUGCACAAUUUUUAAUGACCUUUUGAUUACUGGAUGACUUUUUUCAACAAGAAUUGGCAUAGCAAUAUGGUCAACAUUUUUAUAUACACGUAUUUUAAUAGUUGUUGUUUUAUGUUUGGCUAUUGAGCUUUUCCAGAGUAUUUCAUUUUUCUUUUCAGAAAUAUUGUGGAUUAUUGCAGAAAAGUGUAGAUUUUUUAAACAGGAGGCUAUUGCCUAUUUGAAUCUUUUACUUGGAAUAAAUAAAAGUGAUUUUCAGGGGCCAAACAUGACUGGUAACUCCAGAAGUGUCAUACAACUAACUUUGAUCAAUUGAAGUUUUUUAGCUAAUAGACAAAGCUAUCAAUCCAGUAUAUAAAUCUAAGAUUUUUAGAGGAAUUUGUAAGCAUUUUUCAGGUAUUUUCCUCACCUCUAUUAAGAUAGAUAUAGUGACAAAUGUUUAAUGUCUGACUGGUUUUUCUGGAAUGUUUCUACUGCUUUUCAAAAGCAAUCUCAUACAAUCUUCAAUUGCUCAUGCCAAAUAGUGUUUGUGCUGUGCAAAUUCAAGGAGCUAAAUACACCAUGAGUGGUACAUUCAAGCCUCCACUGUGGAUAUAUUUUCAACCUCCCGAUAUAACUGAGUUGAAAUGAAUCCCCCAAAGUAGUUGUUUGAAUCAGUCUGAAGACCCUGCAUUGUAGAAUUUCAGAUAGAGCCACCUUAGGUUAAGACAGUCUUAGCCCAAUGGACUUCCCUGGGUCUUUCCCUAGUUUCAGUCACUUUAAGUAAUCAAGCUACAUUUUCAGUAAGGACAGAAUGCAUUGAGAUCUCCCACUACCCAAACCGAGUCAGAUAUCUUUAAGUAGCUCUCAUUAAUUUAAAUCAAAUUUAUACUGAAGAUACCGGUAUAUUAAGUUACAACCUGAAUAGGUGAACUAUCAAGUGCUCUCAUUUAAAAAGUUGAUUUUAAAAUGGCCUUAAAUUGCUUUUUUAUGUCUACCUUGAUAUUAACAAGAUUUUCCUUAUUCAUGAGUAUACAUUUUUCCAAUAUUGUUUAUUCCCUGUUGAAGUGUGUUACAUUGUAUGUACCUAUGUUCAAAUAAUUAUAUAUACAAAUUAUCACAGAAAAUAGCAUCAAGCCCUAAUAUUUGUAUCAUGUUUGGAGUCCUUGGCUGUCAUUUUUGUUAGUUUGCAAUGUGCUUUCAGACAAAUCCUUUGAAGUCUAAUUGUAUAGAUACAUGAAGUGGCCUGUUCUGCCUAUGAAAUGAGGCUCUUGACGUAGUUUAAUUUUGGUGCUUAUGCAAUAAGAAUAUGUUCUGUGGAAAAUGGAAGCAAACUUCUCUGUGUCAUAGUAACUUCAAAAAGAUUAGUUGCCUUCCCCCAAUACAACUUAACUUUUGAAAAGAAUGUUAUUGAUAGUAAAGUUUUAAUCUUUAGUGUUUAAGUUUGGAUUCUGUCCCCGGUAGUCCUGUCUUACAACAUCAAUAUUAAAUUCACUGUAAAAUGAAAUAAAUGUGGACAAAGUAUAUAUAAGAA